AUGCGUGCCAAUCAAUCGAUAUACGUGCUCAUCAAUUUCUGGCUUCUUGUUUCAUCGAACACGAGCGUUCUGAAUUUCGGCAAAGUCCACAAAUCUUGCGUUCAAUUGAAUGGAACUGACGGAUGCGAAUGUAUCGGAAAAUUUCAGCCGGAAUGCUGCUGUAUGGGCAAUUCGGUUGAACAUCUUCCAACUACAAUCUCACCUAAUAUGGUUUUCUUCUAUAUGUACAACACAAGCAUUCCUGAGGUCACAUCAAACUUCUUCGCAAAUUAUACAAGACUCAAAGAGAUAGAAAUCGAAGGAUCGGAACACUUGCAACACUUCGACGCUUCAUCUUUGUCUUCUUUGCGAAAUUUGAGAAAAGUAUCCGUCACAAAAUGCCCAAAUUUGAUAGAAAUAUCUGGAAAAUUGCUCGUCAACAACACCAAAAUACAGAAUUUAAUUUUGCGUAACAAUGGAAUUAAAACGAUGCCAUCUUUGAGAAUGACCGAUAGCCAUCAGAUUACACUGGACAGAAUUGAUUUAUCCAACAAUCAAAUCAAAUUUAUCAGUGAUUCAAAAAUAAGAAAUGUUCGUGCAAGAGCAUUCUAUUUGAACAACAAUAAUUUGAUUGAAAUUUCGGGAUAUGCGUUCACAGAGAGUCGAUUUGUGAGAUUAAUUCUUCGAGAUAAUCCCCAUCUUUCCACAAUAUCAAUUGACGCUUUCAAAAACAUGGGCGGACUUCGCGAACUCGAUUUAUCAAGAACUUCAAUCACAGUUUUGCCUAUAAAUGGAUUGAAAAACUUGAAAACUCUGAAACUCACUGAAGUACCAACACUGCGCAGGCUACCAUCAGUUUUGAGCUUCACUAAUUUGGAAACCGCUCAUUUCACCUACCCACACCAUUGCUGUUUGUUCAAAUAUGUCGACGAUGUUACAAUGAUGGAACACGGAAAAUAUCAAAAAAAUGCUAAAGAAAUUCAUAAACGAAUUUGCAACGAGAAAAAAGAAACAAAGAGUGCAAUGAGCAGAAAUAAGCGUCAAACACCUGAUCAACAAGCAUUUUUCGAUCAGCUUCUGAAAGAUUGGUUCGAAAAUGAUAAUGGCACAUACGGUGGUGAUGAUUCGAUUGAUGAUGGAGAGCUACCUCCUUUCACUCAAAUAGGAGCACAACCAUGCUAUUCUGUAAUCGAGGAAGUUCAGAACUAUUACAGUAACAUCACAUGCUAUCCACAACCCGACUCGCUGAAUCCUUGCGAGAAUAUUGUUGGUUAUCCGCUUCUCCGAAUUGCCAUUUGGGUGGUGUGCCUCUCUGCAAUCGUCGGCAACAUUAUUGUAUGGGUUACAUUGGCUGUUGCGUAUGAAAAACGAAUGAAAGUCCAUUACUUGUAUAUGGCAAACAUGUCGAUCGCUGAUAUGAUCACUGGCGUCUAUCUUGCUGUUCUCGCGAUUUCUGAUGCCAAGAUGUCUGACGAAUACUAUCGUCAUGCCGUGUGGUGGCAAACCGGUUGGGGGUGUCGAUCCGCCGGAUUUCUGGCUGUGUUCGCCUCCGAACUUGGAAUCAUUUCAAUGUUUCUGAUCGCUUUUGAAAUGUCCUACAACACGAGGCAAUCAUUUCGCGGUCGACGACUUGGUGCAACAACUGGCGGAUUAUUGAUGAUUGGUGGUUGGAUAUUCGCAACAAUUAUGGGCAUUCUUCCAUGGUUUGGAGCAUCGUCAUAUUCGGAAAGCAGUGUGUGUCUACCUCUCAGAGCCGCAUCCAUUUUUGACAAGGCAUAUCUCAUAUUUGGAUUAACAUUCAAUUGUCUCGCGUUCGUCGCCAUGGCGGUUUCUUACGGCUUCAUCGUCAAAAUGUUGAAAGAAAACGAAACGAGAGACGAAGACAAAGCGCUUAUUAAGAAGAUGGUCCUUCUGGUAGUCACUGAUUUGAUAUGUUGGUUCCCGACGUUGUUCUUCGGAUUCACGGCGGCUAUCGGCUAUCCACUCAUCUCAUUGAGCAACGCGAAAUUCGUGCUUGUUUUCUUCUUCCCAAUCAAUGCAUUUGCCAAUCCGUUCCUUUACGUCUUCUUCACAAAAGUGAUCCAGAAUCGUGUGCGAACUAAAACGCUGCCGGUUAUUCGACGAAUUACACCAAGAUGCAACAACAGCCUCUCGAACUUCUACAAUUCGCAGCCACCUUGUUCCCGACGACGUAGUGGUGACGAUCCAUCGAAUCGCGCUCAUCUUGCAGUAACUCAGACAACUUCUUUGAAUAGUACGCCAAGAGGAUCAAAUUGUUCGAGAGCAAGUGAUGCUCUGUUAUUCGAAGUGGAACCAAGAAAUAUUACAACACCGCGCGUUUCCUUCGAUAUUCCAAUUUCUCCAACCACACCACGUUCGGAUCGAAGAAAGCAAAUUACUCUACUUCGACGAUUUGUUUCCGCCAUUCCCGAGGUAUCCGAUUUGUCGGAGCAUUCCAGCGAAAGCCAUCAUGAGCAUAUUCCGAAGCCUCGAAAACGUCUUCAAAACUCGCUGAAUCGAAUUUUGGCGCUUGGAAAUCGCACCGAUCGUUGUGGAGGCGAUUCUGGAAGAGGAAGUUUAGCUUCAUCUGCAGAUAGGGAAUUCGAAAGAGCGUCAUUAAACAGCGCCGACAGUCGUUUAUCCGAGCAGAUGGAGCCAAGAAAGUUGAUAUUUCCACCAGAUCGUACGAUUGAUAGAAGGAAAUCAACACCGGCAAUUCCUUUAUUAGUAGUUUCUGAAGCGCCUUGA